GGGGACUUGUGAUCAAUGUUUUUGAGUUAGGGUGAUUUUUUCAGGAUGCACAACCCGUAGUUCGUAACGGGGUAUACCAACCAUCCGUAAAUAUCCUCGCAGUCUACUACGGGAUGAAUGGGUAUAGAAUGGAAGAGCUUGAAACACUUAGCUUACAACACAGAGGAUAUUGGGCAAAAUAUGGAAGAAAUACUACAAUACCUAGAGGUGAUUGAAAAGGGUUGGAAAAGUUGUAUAUACGUGAGGAGGAGGAGGGGUCCAGCCCUGAGGUCUUUUAAAUCUAACCACAAUCGUACAGAUAUAGAAGAAGUAAGACCCCCAAGCAUGGGAGAAAAUAAAAAUGCCAAUAGUCAGCUCGUCAGGGAUAUCCUCCUCAGUGCGCUGAAUUAGCCAUUACUGAGAAGCCAAAUACGGCACAUGUUACUUUUUCAGAUUUACAACAAAGCCAAGAAGACAGCAGCAACACCAGCCAAACCAGCAGCGUUAAUAGAGUUACCGGCA